AUGAAGUUCCUCCAGACUCUCAGCACCGCUGUGCUUGCGCUUUCCUCUCUCGUCAGCGCAGCAAACUUCUCGAACCCACUCAAGAAGACUGAUGGCUCUGAUCCUCACAUCGUCUGGACUGGAGGAUACUACUACCUCAUGACCACGACAUGGACCAACCUUCAGAUCAUCAGGGCCAAGACACUUGAAGGUCUGAAGACCGGAGAGAAGAAGACCGUCUGGACCGACACCAACACCAACAGGCCUGAGCUCCACUACUUCGACGGCGUGUGGUACAUCUACUACACAGCCGGCAGCAGCGCCAACCUGGACCUGCAACGUCCACACGUCCUCAAGGGCGGUGCCGAUCCCUUCCAGUCCUACUCUUACCUCGCAACCCUGACCAGUACCUGGGGUAUCGAUGGAAGCAUCGUCCGCUUCAGCUCCUGGGGCAAUUACUUCGUCUGGUCCUGCAUGUCCGACAGUCUUCAGUCGCUCUGCAUUGCACCUCUCACCUCGCCCGGCAAGAUUGGUGCCACAAAAGUGCUCUCGCAACCCACCCAAAGCUGGGAGAAGAACGGCGCACCCGUCAUGGAAGGCCCUGCUGCCAUGUACUAUGGCGGUAAGACCUAUCUCACCUACUCUGCUAGCUACUGCUGGACUGCCCAGUACAGCUUGGGUCUUCUCACCUGGAGCGGAAGCGGUGACCCAUCUCUAAGUGCCAGCUGGGCUAAGUCUGGACCCGUCUUUACCUCUGCGAACAGCAACUAUGGACCUGGACACAAUGGCUUCUUCACCAGCCCCGACGGCAAGGAGAUUUGGAACGUAUACCACGCUACUGCCAACAGCGCAGGAGCUUGCGAUGGCAACCGAUACACUAUGGCGCAGAAGGUCAACUGGAAUUCCAAUGGCACACCAAACUUUGGCACUCCCGGGAAGCUGGGCACUACCAUUACUGGUCCUUCCGGAGAGUAG